AUCUAAAAUCUUUUAAAUUGUAUACCUUUUGAAUGUGAAUUCUUUGAAAAAUGUUUUAAAUUAUUUGACUUUAAAAAUUUAGGUUAUUUGAAAAAACUUUUGAAUUAUUCACUUUAAAAAAGAUGUAUAUUACAAGGUCAAUUCUCAUGUUUUAAUUCAGCCUGAGCAUUUUACGUUCUUUUAAUGCUUGUUUAAUGGGCAUGGUUGGUCAAUAUUUAACUUCAUCAAUGCAUUCAAAGCAUUAAAUAAAUAUUUGCUUUGAAAUACGUAAGUUGGUCUCCCGAUGAACUCAAGCUGCAUUUUUGCUUGUCAUAAUGCAAAGAACAGGUAUAGUGUUAAAAUAUAUAUAAUGACAGAAAUUAAAUUUUUAAGCAGAUAAAUUUAUGCAAAAUUUAAUAUACAGGUAUAGUUCCAUCUUGGCACUGUUUUAAAACAAGAGUAAGGUAGGAAUUUAACAAGAAAUAUAGAGAAUAUACAGUUUUGGGGUUUUCAAAAAAUUAAAGAAAAAAUUGAUUGAAACCAAAGAAUUUGUUCGUGCUAUACAGGGAGAGGUGUAGGUGGAAUUAGGGCAAGUUAUUAUAACAAUAUGGAUACCACUACUGCUGAUACAGGUCUUGGGACAACAGCAAACUUUACAAAUCUACCAACACCUGGUGUUUUACAAGCAGCGGAUUUUGCAGUGAUUGGGGUGUACUUUGCAUUCAUUCUGGUGGUUGGGAUAUGGGCAAUGAUAAAGACAGACCGCAGCAAUGUGGAUGGCUUCUUCUUAGCUGGAAGAAAUAUUUCAUGGUUUCCAGUUGGAGCAUCUAUAUUCAGCAGUAACAUUGGGAGUGGGAGUUUUGUGGGUUUGGCGGGAAGUGGUGCUGCAGCUGGUAUAGCAGUGGGGGCUUAUGAAUGGAAUGCGAUGUUGUGUCUUUAUUUCCUUGGUUGGAUAUUCGCACCCAUAUAUAUCUCCUCGGCUGUUGUUACUUUACCGGAGUAUUUACGUAAGAGAUUUGGAGGCGAAAGAAUCCAGAUGUAUAUGUCUGUUCUCUCUCUGUUUCUUUACAUUUUUACAAAAGUUUCCUCAGAUUUAUUUGCUGGAGCAAUUUUCAUCCAAGAAGCUCUGGGGUGGAAUCUUUACCUUGCUAUUAUAGUGCUGCUUGCUAUAACUGCACUGUACACAGUGACUGGUGGACUGGCAGCAGUGAUUUACACGGAUACAGUGCAAACUUUUAUCAUAAUUAUUGGAGCUAUAAUAAUGAUGGUGUUAUCUUUCAUAAGAGUGGGUGGGUAUGCAGGGCUUGAAGUAGCAUAUAUGCAAGCAAUACCAAAACUCCGCCCAGCCAAUACAACUUGUGGAAUACCAAGGGCAGAUUCCUUUCACGUAUUCAGGGAUCCAGUAACUGGUGACCUUCCUUGGCCAGGACUUACAUUUGGACUCACUAUAAUUGCAACUUGGUAUUUCUGCACUGACCAGGUGCUUGCACAAAGAACAUUAGCAGCGAAGAACUUAUCCCAUGCAAAAGGAGGGUGUGUAGCUGCUGGUCUAAUGAAGAUAUUACCCAUGUAUAUGAUGGUAAUGGUGGGAAUGAUAAGCAGAGUUGUGUUUACAGAUUCAGUAGGGUGUGCUGUACCUUCAGAAUGCAAGAAAUACUGUGGAGCAGAUGGUGGUUGCACCAAUGUAGCUUAUCCUAAACUUGUACUGGAAAUUAUGCCUACUGGAUUAAAGGGUAAUAUGGCUAAUAUCUUCUCAUGUAUUUUUGGAACAAUAUUCGACAUAAUCUUGUCAGCUCCUUCCGAGCUUAUCCCACAGUGUUGCAAAUCCAAAGCUUUCAACCAAAGAUCAUCUUUUAACGCAUCAGCAAAAGCUUCAGCUCCUUCAUCACUUAUCAUAGGAAUAUUUAUGCUGUUUAUGGUUGGAGUGAGUAUAGCAUGGGUGCCAAUUGUUCAAUCCUUUGCAAACGGUCAACUAUUUGAUUAUAUUCAAUCCAUUACAAGUUACCUUGGACCUCCUAUUAUGGUUAUCUUUGCAAUGGGAAUAUUUUGGCCGAGACUUAAUGAACCAGGAGCAUUCUGGUCACUGAUGGUUGGUUUGGUGACUGGUUCUACACGAAUGAUCAUGGACUUUGCAUACGGAACUCCUCUAUGUGGCCAGGAUGAGUACAGACCUGCAGUCCUAUAUAAAGUUCAUUAUCUUUACUUUGCAAUAAUCCUUGCUGCCAUAACAGCAAUUGCUGCUGUAGUCAUAUCUCUUCUUACACCACCAAUUCCAAAAAAUAAGCUCUUCAGACUGACAUGGUACUCUAGGUUCAGCAAAUUAAAAGUAAAAGAAGAUGAUAAAUUACAGUUACAGCUGAAUGAUGAAAAUGGUAUGGAAAUUGGCAACGGCGAUAAAACAGAUCGCUUUGAAACUACAAGUACAGCCUCAAAUGCAACUGAAGAAACUAAUAAACCAAUGUGGAAAAAAGCAUUUGAAUUAUUCUGUGGCAUCAACAGUACUAAAAAUCAAGACCAGAGCAAAGCACAACCAGUGGCACUUGCAAGUAUUGUGGAGGAAAAAUGGGCUGAACUGACUGUUAAUAUAGCUUGUAUAGUGAUGAUGUGUGCUAUGGUGUUUCUAUUUGCUUAUUAUGCAUAGAAAUGCAAAGUAAAGCAUUUAAAUGCAAAUAUAUGCAAAAAGGUUACAUUUU